AUGAAGGCAAUAAGGUGUCCUACAGAUGAAUUAGCACUGACAAAUUGUGCUAUAUGCUCACCAGAUGAUUUUCCUGCUACAGUUGAACAUAUUAAAAUAUUUAAUGGCAGUGAAUUUUUUGUAUUUUCAAUAAAAUUUGACAAUAGUGUACCAUCAGGAUCUAUAGGAUUUAGUGUACCUCAAAGAAGAUGGGCUUCUUUAUCGAUAAAUCAAGAUAUCGAAGCAUGCGCUUUUAAUUUUGAUCUUGAAUGUAAUUCAGAAUUAUUAUCUAACAUUGUUUUAGAAGCUGAUUUUUUACAAAAAAAGAGUAUCGUAAAAGAUCCAUAUGAUUCAGAUCAAAUGGCCAAGGAAUUUUUGGCCCAAUUUUGUGGGCAAGUCUUUACAAUUGGUCAACAAUUAGCCUUUAGUUUCAAUGAAAAAAAACCUUUAGCCUUGGUAGUAAAAGACAUGUUUUCAGUAAACAUUAAUGUAAUAGGAGCUGGAGAUACACCUAAACCUGAAAAAACAAAUUUUGGAAAAUUAUUAGGGAAUACAGUGGUUCAAUUUAAUAAAGCUGAAUUAUCAAACCUUAAUUUAACUGGAAAAGCUAGAGGUCAAGCACCACGGCAAUCUAUAAUUAAUCCCGAUUGGGAUUUUCAAAAAAUGGGAAUAGGUGGUUUGGAUACGGAAUUCAAUGCGAUUUUCAGAAGAGCCUUCGCUUCAAGAGUUUAUCCACCGGAAACCAUCGAAAAAUUGGGCUGCAAACACGUGAAAGGUAUUUUACUUUACGGUCCGCCUGGUACGGGUAAAACGCUGUUGGCCAGACAAAUCGGAAAAAUGUUAAAUGCAAGGGAACCGAAAAUCGUCAACGGUCCUCAAAUACUGGACAAGUACGUAGGCGAAAGUGAAGCGAACAUACGAAGACUUUUCGCCGAAGCAGAAGAAGAAGAGAAAAGACUCGGUCCAAACAGCGGAUUGCACAUAAUAAUUUUCGAUGAGAUCGACGCCAUAUGUAAAGCAAGAGGAUCUGUUGCUGGAGCGGCUGGAGUUCACGACACUGUCACGAGUAGAUCAGUUAAUAUUCUGGUUAUCGGAAUGACAAAUCGAAAAGAUAUGAUCGACGAGGCUCUUCUUCGACCAGGAAGAUUAGAAGUUCAAAUGGAAAUAGGUUUACCGGACGAAAAGGGCAGACUGCAAAUUUUAAAUAUUCACACGAGCAGAAUGAGAGAAUACAAAAAAUUAAACGAAGACGUUGAUUUGAAAGAAUUGGCAGCCAUCACUAAAAACUUUAGUGGUGCAGAAUUAGAAGGUUUAGUGAGAGCAGCUCAAAGUACGGCAUUAAAUCGUUUCAUAAAGGCAACAAGUAAAGUAGAGGUGGAUCCGAACGCAAUAGAAAAUUUAAGCGUGAAUCGUACUGAUUUUAUGCAUGCUUUGGAAAAUGAUAUUAAACCGGCGUUUGGUUUAUCCGGUGAACUUUUAGAUCAUCUUUUGGCUCACGGUAUUAUAAAUUGGGGUAAACCCAUCGCUCGAAUAAUUGAUGUCGGACGAUUACUUAUAGAACAAGCUAAAUCGUUGGAAAGUUUAUCUGGUGUUGUUACCGUUCUUUUGGAAGGACCUCCUAACUCGGGAAAAACUGCUUUAGCUUGUCAAUUAGCUAAAAUGAGUAAUUUUCCAUUUAUAAAAGUGUGUUCACCCGAGGACAUGGUCGGCUUUACGGAGUCUUCUAAAUGUUUGCUUAUAAAAAAAAUUUUCGAAGACGCUUAUCGAUCAAACCUAAGUUGCGUUUUAGUUGAUAAUAUCGAAAGGCUUUUAGAUUACGGUGCUGUCGGACCACGUUAUUCCAAUAUAACAUUGCAAGCCUUAUUAGUUCUGUUGAAAAAGGAGCCGCCAAAGGGAAGACGACUUAUAGUUUUUUGCACGAGCAGCAGAAGAAAAGUACUUGAAGAUUUAGAAUUGCUUUCCACUUUCACGACUACCCUCCACGUACCAAACAUAACGGAAAUUGAUGAUUUAGUUACCGUAUUAGAAGAAACAAACGUUUUUUCUUCUCCAGAUAUUAAAUCUUUAGUAAAAUUAUUACAAGGGAAACGGUUAUCCAUCGGGAUAAAAAAAUUAUUGGCAUUAAUUGACAUGGCACGACAAACAAAUCCAAAUACGAGAGUUUCUCAAUUUGUAACAACACUUGAAGAAGAAGGUUGCCUAGAGGAAAAGGAAGAAUUUUUUUUAAACAGGGCUUAA